UGUCCCGUUGUCAAGUUUAAACUCUAAAAAGAAAAAAUCUCAUUUAUCAAAAGAAGAAUCAUACGAUUCUGACAACACAAACCGAGAAAACAACUUAUCUCCCGAAUCAUAUGAUUCAGACAACAUAAACCGAGAAAAUAAUUUAUCCCCCGGAUCAUAUGAUUCAGACACAAACCGGGAAAAUAACUUAUCUUAUAUGGAAGUAACAACACCAGAACCUCAUGCUAUUAAAUUAGAUAAUAAUAACGAUAAGUCAAUAUUUAAUGCAUUUAAAAAUACUUUACCGACUGUUUAUUCUGUGAUAAUAAGAAUGCCGGGAAAUUUAUUGCCAUUUACGUUAGGGAUGUUUAUUCUAGUUGAAGCGUUAUCAACACUAGGAUGGAUUUCCAUAUUUGCAAGUGCAAUUUCAGUACUAACGCCUUCGUAUCCAGUUGCUGUCAUCUCCAUUGCUAUAAUAUCAAUCAUUCUCUGCAAUUUGUUAAAUAAUUUACCAAUGACAGUAUUAUUAAGUCGAAUAUUGCAAAAUGAAAAUUUUACAAACGCCCCACAUAUAAUACAAGAUCCCGCAAUAAAACAAGGAUGCAUAUACGCGUUAAUUAUCGGAAGUAACAUAGGUGCUUGUCUUACGAUUGUAGGCGCUUUGGCUGGAUUAAUGUGGGAUAAAAUAUUAAAAGAUAAAAACGAAAAAAUUGGGUAUUGGCAGUUUGUGAAAUGGAACCUUGGAGUUUUACCGGUGGUUGCCAUUGGAGCUUGUGGUGUUUUGAUAAUAGAACUUUGG